GCUCUGAUGGUGCCACUCCAGCGACAUACAGAGAAAAAUACAGACUACAGAGCGCUUGUUUAUGCCUAUGUGAAAAUGUAUUCAGUUAAUAUCAUUUAAUUUUAAAUCUUCAGUGGGAAAAAGAAGCAAUUAAUACCACUAAUACUAAUACUAAUACUAUUACCGACACCACCCACUACUAGUACUACUACUUAUAAGUUUCUGUAAUUACAGUGUUUUACCACUAGAUGGAGACACAAAACUAUCCUGAGAUGAUGACGCGCUAAAGGGGUCGCUGAACUCGGGGGCAUUAAGGUCUGAUACACAGAUGUGAGAGUUUGGAUAUUAUAUAUCCUAUAAAGUGCAUAUUAAUAUGCAUAUACAAUCAAAAGUGUAAACCUCUACAGAAAACUAAAGACACAUACAGUGUUUUGAUCAUUCGUAACUUGUUGCAUGUAAGUGCCUGAGGUUUAUUUAUUGUUUUUGAAGUCUAUACUGUAAAGGUGCACGCUCUAAAUCAGCUAAAGUUCAAUAACCUCUCAAGUAUUACUGUUAUCAAGAAAUGCAAUACACUCUAUAUUAUUAUUAUUAUUAUUAUUAUUAUUAUUAUUAUUAUUAUUAUUAUCAGAGGAUUAUUCUGACUGAGCUGCACCCUCAGCAUUAGUGAGCAUUUAUCUAAAUUUACAAAUAUAUAUAUAAAGUUAAAUAAUGUUCUUUAUAAUGCUUCAUAAUUAUGAGAGAGGGAGAUCUGAGACGCUUUGGCUCGUGAGGGUAGGCUGAGGGGGGGAGAGGGGAGGGGGUUGCGUUGUGGGGAGGGGGAGUGGGAGGGGGGGACCUCAUGCACACACGCAUGCACACACACACAGUCGCAUUCAGAGAGUCCAAGCGGCUCGCGCUCUUGAGUGGCGCGCACGGAGCGCAGUGCCAAAUUGCGCGCGCAGAGAGAAGGCACUUCCUCCACGUCCUGACGCGACAUUAUCUGUUUACCGGAGCAGAAAACUAUCCGCUUUUGUCUUUAAACAUGUUUUAAAUCCCGGACGAUGUGGACGUUACCAAAGCCCGGGUACCGCGACGGCGCGGAGGAGCAGAUCGCCGUGAAUGUGGGCGGCGUGAGGCUCGCGCUGCGCGGCGACAUGCUGGACCGCUACCCGGAGAGUCGCCUCGCGGAGCUCGCGCGAAGCACGACGCGCGGUUUCGACGCCAUCUCCUCGUUGUGCGACGACUACGAGCCGGCAAAGGGGGAGUUUUACUUCGACCGGGACCCGGACUCGUUCAAGUGCAUCGUGGAGGUGUAUUAUUUCGGCGAGGUGCACAUGAAGAAGGGGAUUUGCCCGAUGUGCUUCAUGAAGGAAAUGGAGUUCUGGAGGAUCGACUCGAGCUGCUUGGACGAGUGCUGCAAGAGCAACGUGCGCGAGAAGGAGGAAGAGCUGGCUGAAAUAGCUGAUAAGGUCAAGGCCAUCCUGGACGACCUGGACCUUGAUGGAGGGCCUUUGGCGACCCGGUCCGAACGCAUCCGGAAGUUUCUCUGGAGGCUCAUGGAGAAACCGGAGUCGUCCUGGGUGGCACGCGCCAUCGCAGUGGCGUCCUUCCUGUUCGUGCUCACGUCUUCGCUGGUGAUGUGUCUGGCGACGCUUCCAGAGCUGCAGGUGCAAGACGCAGACGGCCACGUAGCCGAACACCCGACUCUGGACGCCAUCGAGACGGCGUGCGUGUGCUGGUUCACGUUGGAAUACGGACUGCGUUUUGCCUCGGCUCCCGAAAAGACACGUUUCGUCCUGUCCUUCCUCAACAUGGUGGACUUGGCAGCGAUUGCGCCGUUUUACAUCGUACUGGCUCUGACCCAUCUCGGUGCCACCGCUGCGAUGGACCUCACGGACGUCCAACGGGCCGUGCAGGCGUUACGCGUGAUGCGCGUAGCACGCAUACUAAAGCUAGCACGCCAUUCAUCUGGACUUCAGACUCUGACGUACGCGCUAAGGCGCAGCUUCGCCGAGCUCGGGCUCUUGCUAACCUACAUGGGUGUUGGGAUUUUUGUCUUCUCGGCACUCGGAUACACCAUGGAGCACAGCCACCCGGAGACACUGUUCCGCAGCAUCCCGCACUCCUUCUGGUGGGCCAUCAUCACCAUGACGACGGUGGGCUACGGGGACGUGUACCCGAAGACAGCGCUGGGGAGGUGCAACGCAGCACUCAGCUUCCUGUGCGGCGUAGUAGCUAUCGCGCUGCCUGUCCACCCCAUCAUCAACAACUUUGUCGUCUACUACAACAAGCAGAAGGUGCUCGAGACUGCAGCCAGACACAAGCUCGAGCUCAUGGAGCUGCACGGGACCCUCGGGCAGGGAACGGACAAGCACCAGACGCUCAGGGUUUCCAGGAGCGACUCGCACAUUGCGAUGCUAACCGGCGAACGCAGGACGGUGAAGAAGAGGAGCGUAUCUUAAAAAAAAAAAAAAAAAAACUGCAGGAGAAAAACCCCAACAGUAGCAAGAAUCAGUUCCUCAAAGUGACUCAGUGACUGAAUUCUAUCAUAAAAUGUUCAACACGCUACAUAUUUUAUGAAGAAAAAAAAAAAAAAAACAAGUCGGUGUUUCUAAAUUGACUUCUGCCUCCGAUUGCCUCCGAGAUGUGUGACGUAAAACUGCAAACGAUGCUAUAUAUUGUACGAAGAAAAAAAAAAAACAGUGGCUUUUGCAUUUUAAUGGAAAAAAAGAACCAUAGCAAGCAAAGUUAACGUCCCUGUCUGAAAUGUGCAUGAGUCUUACAUGACGUCAAAAAAAAAAAAACACAACAAAAAAAACCACCCUGUGAUAUAUGAAUGAUACUGUGCAUGUUGUAACAAAAGGACACUUCAUAUUUUACGAAAAUAAAAUGCUGUCCAAGACAGUCCGAAUGUUUAGCCUCACUCACUGACCUACUGACAGACUAACGCUCAACUAGCGCAACUAGCAUUCUAGCAGCACCAAUGCAGAAGAGAACAAGUUGUAAAAAAAAAAAACCUGCUUACUCAAUGAUCCUGACUGCCUCCUGCUGGCUGAAACGUGCACGUGCAGCAGAUUCAAAGGUCGCCACUCUGUGUAGCGUAAAAAUCAACGUUUCCUUUGUUUCGGCAGCAACGAGUGUGAGCAAAUAAAAACAACGUGGACGUGAUGUUUUAGCGAUAUCCUUUCCUAACAGUCUUGACGGACUAACUUAACAGAGCAAGCUGUACACAGACAAGAACAACAACCAGCUCUGUCAUUAGCUAGCGAACUAGCUGGCUGGCUAGCCAAUGCUGUCGUGAGAAGUCUGUGAUUCCUAUUUCUCCAAUAUUUUCUUCACGUAAUUAGGAAAUCGUCGAUGGCUACGUAUACAGAGGGUUCACAUAAUCAAAAAUCAAAGUUAGCUAGCUAGCUAACUAGGGGAUAAAUAUUUACAGCUAGCAGGCUAAUACGAAUGUCAGUUUCCGAUAUUCACCAGAGUUACGCAAAUGAAUUACAGGCAAGUGUUGAUUUUCUACGCUGAUAGCUGACUCGCGGUUGUGUGUCGGAUAUUGAGGAUCCACUUAUUCCACGAAACGAAUCUGAAAAAUAACUCCGAUUGAUAGCGCUCUGGAUAAACUCAGCUAGCUUAGCGUAGUACUUCUACAGCUUGCGAGUGCUAAGCUAAUUUCGCCGAACACACACAAGACAAAGUGACGCUCAUUUAUCUUGGCACCUGUUUUUUUUUUUUUUUUUUUUGAGCUCAAAUUACGAGCUUCAGAUUACGUUUGGAAAUAACAUUGAGAAAACGUUUCGGCUCAAUGAAAUACAUAUUUAAAAAAAAAAUCAUUUAUACGCUAAACUGCUUUCUGUACACCGAA